AUGGAAGGCGCUACUAUUCACGGGGACUCCACGAUGACGUUGGGCGACAUAACAUUUCAGACCGCAUCAUACAAGCUGUCUCCCGCACAAGCUGCAUUCUUCAAGACACAAACCGGUAUUCAUGAUGAUGAAGACUUGAAAAGGCAUAUCCUGGAAGUUCAGGCGAAAGCAUACAAGGCUGCACCAUAUCCUUGUAUUCAUAGAUUUGGCUUCCUUCGCUUAAACUUGUCAAAUUUUGCUGUGUAUGAACACAUCCUUAAGCUUGGUCGCGAGCGCUCCGAUGCUGUAUUACUCGACAUUGGUUGUUGCUUCGGCGUUGACGCUAGAAAGGCUGCGGCAGAUGGGUUUCCUGCCAAAAAUAUCAUUGCGUCGGAUGUCGUCGAAGAGUUUCUUCAACUGAGUCACGAACUUUUCAAAACGACACCAGCUUCUUACCCCGGAUCUCUCCUUCCUGGAGAUAUCUUCGAUCCAGAAUUCCUCUCCAUAGCCACGCCAUCGGUCGACGUCUUUCCGGCACCAGCCAUUGAUUUGUCCUCGUUGAAAUCCCUCAGCCCCCUUCAUGGUCGCGUUAGCGCAAUAAACGCCAUUGCAUUCUUCCACCUCUUCAACGAAGAGAAACAAUUGUACAUUGCCAGGGCUCUUGCGGGUCUUCUGUCUGCUCAGCCAGGCUCCGUAAUUUGUGGCCUCGACAACGGAGCUGUUGAAAAGGGCACCAUAACCAACAAUUUAUCAGGUGUCGAGUAUCAGGGGUUUGCUCAUUCUCCCGAGUCUUGGUCAUCUUUGUGGGAUGGUGAGGUUUUCGAGAAGGGGACUGUCAAGGUGGAAACGAAGUUGGCAGAAAUUCCAAUUGAUGAUAAGGGACACUUGAUGACGAUGAUGAUGUGGUCAGUGACAAGACUGUAGAUGUGUAUAACAGCGGGAAGCAUUCGAGGUGCAAGAGACAAUCUCCACCUCUACUUGUAACCCUUCCGUCUCUCGGUGAACCUGAUCGUACAAUAAGCUGACAUUGGGUGUGUCUAAGAAAUUGAAAUAGUUAUUCUAACACUUGAAAUCAAGUGGUGACAUAAUUGGCCAAGGGACAGCACAUGCACACAACUAAGAAGUUGCUUGAUCAAAAAAAUCUAAUCAGAAAUCACAAUUAUAUCCUCAUCGACUACCACCCGCGUCCGUGUUGGAACAUUCUCUUUUCCAUCGUCCGAGUCGUCCACAUACAUGCUAUCAUCUGAUUCGACGUCAAUGACAUCUUGUCGCAACGUGGACGGAGCAUAUUGACGUCGCGUGGAAGCAGGGCCCGGUGCUCUAUGCCGG